AUGUCAUCAAAGCCUGGUAUGGGUAGAACAAUUUACGUUAGCAACCUUCCCGAGCAAUUCAACGAAGAAUUAUUGAAAACAUUUUUUGAUGAGUGCGGAACGAUUACAAACUGCAAGAUGGCUGGAGACACAACAAAUCGUUAUGCCUUUGUUGAAUUCGCAUCAUCUGAAGAGGCCAAGAUUGCUCUCGAGUUGAGCGGAACAGAUUUAUUGGGGAAAACGUUGAGAAUAUCACUCAGUCGUAAUCCAAUUUCUUCACCCCCAAACAAGCCUUCAUCCGAACAACAAAUCGUGAAUGCAUCACCUAGUCAACCGGAACAAUCAGAGGAGAACCCAAACUCACCACCUCUAUACAAAUACCUUUCCGAAACUGAUCUAAAGAAAAGAGCUGAUGACGAGGAAAAAGUGAAAAGAACAAUUUAUGUUACUUGCAUUGACACUCAAAUAACAGAGAAUCAAGUUUGUGAGUUCUUUUCAUACUGUGGAAGAAUUGCAAAUUAUAGAGUUUGUGGAGACACCCAACAUCCAACCAGAUUUGGUUUUUUUGAAUUCGAACAAAAGGAAAGUGCUCAAGCAGCGAUCUCACUCUCUGGCCAAUUCUUGGGAAGAUAUGCAUUGAGAAUUCUUGGAUCACGAACACCAAUUCAACCAACUCCAGGAGCUGUUGGUAAUGGUGCAACUUAUUCUUUUACUCCAGUGCAUCAUGAUCAAAUCAAUAGGACGGUUUAUGUAGGAAAUGUUGAUAUUGGAUUAAGUGAAGAUGAUCUUAAAGAAUUUUUUGAUGCUAAUUGUGGACCUGUAACAAAAGUUGUAUUAGCAGGUGAUGCUGUUCACAGUGCUCGUUUUGCAUUCGUUGAGUUUUUACAUUUCGAAUCUAGAAAUAAGGCUUUAGAAUGCUCCGGCACAUUGUUAGGAAAUAGAAAUAUUCGAAUCAAUCCAUCUAGGACACCUAUUUUAGGUGGUGGAAAGGCUUAUGCUUCCACUGCUCCUUCAAUUAAUCCUGCAACUGGUACAGGUCAAUAUGCUGUAAAUCAUUUAGCACAAAGCUCUAAAUUCCCUCCGAUUGCACCUGUGACAGAUCCAUACUAUAACCAACCUCACUUUUCGAGCAAGAAAACAUCCUUGAUUUCAUCCAAGAAAAAGACUGGUGAUUCUACUACACCUCUGGGAACACAUCACAAACCUUACACAGAUCUUGCAGACAGUGAUAAAAAACGAAGAAAGAAUGAUUGGUCCUCAAGUGAUGAAGAUUCUGAUAGCGAAUCUCGAGAAGAUCGUAGACAAAAAAAGAUACAAAAACCUACCACUACUACUUCCAAUUCCCUACCAGAACACAACAAUCAUGAUUUAGUGGCAGGUUCUUCUUCAAAUUCUACAGAACCUUUCUACAACCCAUCUGCCUCAGAUGAAAAUCAUCACGAAAAUGGAGAGGAGUCUGAUCAUUAG